CCCGGUUCGCUCCCGAGAGCUCUUGCGCCGGACGGCAGGCAAUGGUCGACGUUCCUGAGGCGUCUACGGCCUGAGCCUCUGCGCUGAGUCCCCGUCCUUGGCCUCGGUCUCCGUAAGGAUGCCUGUGACCGUGGGCCCGUAUGGGCAGUCGCAGCCCAGCUGCUUUGACAGAAUAAAGAUGGGUUUCAUGAUGGGCUUUGCAGUGGGCAUGGCUGCAGGAGCGCUGUUUGGAACAUUUUCCUGCCUCAGGAUUGGCAUGAGAGGACGAGAGCUGAUGGGUGGAGUUGGCAAAACGAUGAUGCAAAGCGGUGGGACGUUUGGGACAUUCAUGGCCAUUGGUAUGGGAAUACGCUGCUAAUCUGGAGUUUGGGAUUUGUCCCAGAGUGCCCCCACCCAGCCAUUCCGCCACUGUACAAUAAUAAAAUCUUUAGAUACCUGGAAGUGAGAGCUCUUAAUGAAACCUCAGUCCUGUCCCUCUGUGC